CAUAAAUAAAAGUAAAAGGCUUCUCAUCUCUUUCAGUUACGACAUUCCCCAGAAUCUCUCUCCCCUUUUGUUUUUUUGGUCUAAAGUCUCUCCCCUUUUUUCUCCAACCGAAAACCUUAACGACUCUUUCUUCAUCGUGAAACAGAGCAACAGAGACGUUAGACUCUUUGUCUUAAUCUCUCUAAAUCCUCUGCUUCAAUUCCCAUAAAUCGAUGGAAACUGGUGUAGCAGUUACGGGUCAAGAAAUCGGACCCGGGUUUCAUACACCCGUUAAUCCUGAUGGAUACGUAACAAUCGAUGUCGAAAGUUUCUCUCAUGUUAUCCACAAAGACUUCUCUUCUUCGAGUCCCAGAGUUACACUGCAGAGAAGUGUUUCCAGGAAAGAGUCUCUAAGAAGCAACAACGAGAGGAAACUCCAUUCUAACGCAAAUGGUAAUGACAAAGAGACCUCAUCCCCUCAGUCUCCAGUUAGAGGGUCAUGCACGCCGGAAAAGGCAAGCACUGUGAGGCCCAUAGAUCAUGUAGGCACGGACACAACCGCAGCCACCAUUGUUUCAGCCUCACCGCUUCAUCAGAUCACUGUUACUACGACUUCAGCCACGGGCGGAAAUAUGAUCUCCGAGCAAAAUAGAGAAAGAAUAUUUGGAUUUGCAAGGAAGUCGAGUUUUAAACGUUCUCGCACUUCUUGGAUGCUUGAUCCGAAGAAAAUCCUUAUCUUCUUUGCAACUUUGUCUAGCAUGGGAUCGAUCUUGUUAAUCAUAUUCACUCUCUCGAUCAGCAAGUCUAAUCCCGGAGAUAUGGUCUAAGACUAAUAUUAACAACAUAUGAAGAGGAUAUAGACCGACUUCAGCUUGUGGCUAUAGUACAUGCCACAUUCUCACCGACCUACAUCUGAAGAGAUGAAUCAGAAGAACAUUGCAAAACAAAGAGCGUAGGGCUGUGAUAAUAGUUAUUUUGUAUAUUUUUUUUAGUAAAAAUGGAAAAGGAGUAUAUUUAGAUAGAGAAAGUGGGCAGUGGGCACGCACGAGAUCAUAUGAAUGUUGGAAAAGAAAGCUUUAAGACAAGAGUUUAUGACUGUUGUGACAGAGACAGAGAGACCCGACAGAGAAUCUUCUCUUCUGUUCCUUUAAUUCCUUUUCUCUGUUUAUUCAUACUCACUUGGUCUAAUUUGUGUUUUUCAUUUGGUGUAUUUCUUAUGUACAUAUAUAUAUAUAUAUAUCAAAAUUUUCCAUUGGGUUUUA